ACGACGCACACAUACAAACAAAGCAGCCAGCGGCGACAACUACAACAUUUUUACAUUUUUGCCAGCAUUUAAUAUUUUAUUUCCCGGGAAAAAGCAUGAAUUGCUGAAAUAGACAUCAUCAGAAACAAAAUGCGGCUAAUCAAGUGCUUGGUAGUGGUUCAACUGGCCCUUUUGCUGGUGGAGGAGGCCUUUGCUGGCCGGGAUUUCUACAAGAUACUGAACGUCAAGAAAAACGCCAACACGAACGAGGUGAAGAAGGCGUACCGCCGUUUGGCCAAAGAACUGCAUCCCGAUAAAAACAAGGACGAUCCGGAUGCCUCCGAAAAGUUCCAGGACCUAGGAGCCGCCUAUGAGGUGCUCUCCAAUCCGGAUAAGCGAAAAACCUACGAUCGUUGCGGCGAGGAGUGCCUGAAAAAGGAGGGCAUGAUGGAUCAUGGCGGUGAUCCCUUCUCCAGUUUCUUCGGGGACUUCGGUUUCCACUUUGGCAACGGCGAUCCCCAGCAGCAGGAUGCUCCUCGAGGGGCGGAUAUCGUGAUGAACCUGUAUGUUUCCCUGGAGGAGCUCUACUCCGGUAACUUUGUAGAGAUUGUCCGCAACAAACCCGUAACGAAACCCGCCUCGGGCACACGGAAAUGCAACUGCCGCCAGGAAAUGGUAACCAGGAAUCUGGGACCCGGCCGCUUCCAGAUGAUCCAGCAAACCGUGUGCGACGAGUGCCCCAAUGUGAAACUCGUGAACGAGGAGCGUACCCUGGAGAUCGAGGUGGAACAGGGCAUGGUUGACGGCCAAGAGACGAGAUUUGUUGCCGAGGGAGAGCCCCACAUCGAUGGCGAACCGGGAGAUCUCAUCGUGAGGGUCCAACAGAUGCCGCAUCCACGAUUCCUGCGCAAGGAUGAUGAUCUGUACACCAACGUGACCAUCAGCCUGCAGGACGCCCUCGUCGGCUUCUCCAUGGAGAUCAAGCAUCUCGAUGGACACUUGGUGCCCGUCACGAGGGAGAAGGUUACGUGGCCGGGCGCUAGGAUCCGCAAGAAGGGCGAGGGCAUGCCCAACUUCGAGAACAAUAAUCUUACCGGCAACCUGUACAUCACCUUCGACGUAGAGUUCCCCAAGAAGGAUCUCACGGAAGAUGACAAGGAAGCGCUCAAAAAAAUACUCGACCAAUCGUCCAUUAAUCGCAUCUACAAUGGACUGUGAAUCCCCCAUCCCCCACACCCAAAAAAGCGUUCGCCGGCUGUACUCUAGUAUUUAAAUGCCUAGCUGGGCAGUUUCGAUCUAGAAACGCCCUCAAAUCAAGAGAUGACUUUGUUCAAAAAAGUUGUGCGAUAAAAACAAUUUAAUUUUAGUUUAGCAUUUUGUAAAAUAGUAAAGAAAAAGAGCGGAAAACUGAAAAACUACAUGCAGUUCCUGCUGACGAAAAGGAAUUGCAACACAAAAACCAACCACCACAGAAUAAAAAGAAUUUAAAUUAAAAA